AUGGCGCCUAAGAAUACACCCGCCGAUGCUUGGGAGGACGACUGGGAAUCACUCGCCGACAAAGAAGACGAGAAGCCCGUAGAAGAGCAACCAAAGAAGCUUACAAAAGCGCAACUCAAAGCUCAACACGCUGAGCUCAACAAACAGCUUUGGCAGGCGGCCGAAAACCCAGAGCCUCAAUGGUACCCUGAAGUCCACCCCGCGCCCGUCGCAGCAACCUUCAAGCCAAAAGUCACGAUGCUUGCGCGCAAGCCAACCCCUCAAGUGCUCUCCCGUAACAUGGCAGGCAUGAGCCUCGACGACGACGACGACAGCGAAGAAGAGCGACGGAAGAAAGCAGCAGCAGACUUCGAAGAGCGCAAAGCACGUGCGCAGAAGGAACGAGCAGAGAAGGAGCGCAAGUACGCAGAAGCACGAGAGCGCAUCUUCGGCUCACCAGCUGCCUCCGCUGCAGAGGACUCGCGCAGCAACUCCCCGAACAAAGCUACCCGAGGGAAAGGACGAGGACGCGGUGGAAGGGACAGCCAGCCUAGAUCGAGCAACGAGCAGUCGCCUGCACGUACAGCACAUGCAGCUCCUGCGCGCCAACUCUUCGACCCUACCUACACCCCAAAGCCCGGCUCCGUAUUCAUACAGAAGAAAGAAUCCGGUAUCAGUCGCCCAUCUACACCAAACACACAAGAGAAACCUGUUCGUCAGCCACAAGGACCCGCAAGAGGCGGUGGACGAGGCUUCGCUCCAAGAGGAGGAUACGGUACCCAGGCAGGUCCGUCAACUUGA